UGUUCCAUAUCUAUUUUCUUUAUUAGUACUAAUACUCCUUUUGUACAUGUCAAAAGUCUAUUACUUUAUAUGAUUAAUUUAUUCCCUGGCGAGCCAUGACCAUUACCAUUAAUCCGCUUUAAAAAAUUUAAUUCUGCUUGGUCAAGGGGACCAUUAGGAGGAUCCGAAAGACUCGAAGUCAAGUCAUACCACUUCCCCAACAUAACUAAACUCAAAUACAAUCAAACAGGUAUACUUCUGGCUUAACCUUGAUUCAGAUACUUCUCUCACAUCCCCAAAACCAGAAAAAGAAAAUGCCCUCAGAUCAGACCCUUUUUCACUACAGCCUGCUUAGUCUCUACCUAAUCGUCCUACCGACAUGGGUGAGCCUCAACUUCCUCCAGGCCCCUUAUGGCAAGCACAACCGCCCUGGCUGGGGCCCUACCAUGUCUCCAUCUUUAGCUUGGUUCCUCAUGGAAAGUCCCACUCUUUGGCUCACUUUCUUGCUCUUUCCUUUUGGCCAACAUUUUUCCAACCCAAGGGCAUUCAUGUUGAUGACUCCAUUCAUCUUUCACUACCUUAACCGUACAGUCUUUUACCCUCUUCGCCUGUCAAGGAGCAACAACCAAUCUAGGACUUUUCCGGUGAGUAUAGCGCUAAUGGCUUUCGGAUUUAAUCUAUUGAAUGCUUAUUUGCAAGCCAGGUGGGUGUCGCACUAUAAGAAUGACUACGAAAAUGACAAGCUGUUUUGGCGGAGAUUUCUUGGUGGAUUGCUGAUUUUUAUGGUUGGCAUGUGGGUGAAUAUUUGUGCUGAUAAAGUCUUGGUGGGGCUAAAAAAACAGGGUGGUGGCGGAUAUAAGGUCCCAAGAGGGGGGUUGUUUGACCUGGUGAGCUGCCCUAACUAUUUUGGGGAGAUUCUGGAGUGGUUUGGAUGGGCGGUGAUGACCUGGUCCUGGGUGGGUUUUGGGUUCUUUCUCUACACGUGUGCCAACUUGGUGCCUAGAGCUCGUGCCAGCCGCCGUUGGUAUUUGGAGAAGUUCAAGGACGAUUAUCCCAAGGACAGAAAAGCUGUGAUCCCAUUUCUCUAUUGAAGGUUUCGAUUUCCCAGCCCACUUAUCACAAUAUCAACGAAGUAGAGC